AUGGAUCGGCUAAUCUCCAUCUGGCUACAACUAGAGCUCUGUGCUAUGGCCAUCCUCCUCACUAAAGGUGAAAUUAGAUGCUACUGUGACGCCCCGCACUGUGUUGCAACUGGAUACAUGUGCAAGUCGGAAUUAAAUGCCUGCUUUUCCAGGUUGCUUGACCCGCAGAACAUCAAUUCACCGAUCACACAUGGCUGCUUGGACUCUAUAGCAAACGCAGCAGACGUGUGCAAAGCCAAAAGCUCGGAGAACCAGAGUGGGGCAUCUAUACCCAAGCUGGAGUGCUGUCAUGAAGAUAUGUGCAAUUACAGAGGCCUGCACGAUGUACUUUCUCAUCCCAAGAGUGAAACAUCAGGUGCUGGUGGCAGGUACCAACAUGAAAGCACAAGAAAUCUUAUCACAAAGGUCCAGGAGCUUAAUUCCUCCAAGGAACUGUGGUUCAGAGCAGCGGUUAUCGCUGUCCCUAUAGCUGGUGGACUAAUAUUGGUGCUUCUUAUAAUGCUUGCACUCCGUAUGCUCCGUAGCGAGAACAAGCGACUACAAGAUCAGAGGCAGCAGAUGCUGUCCAGACUACACUACAGUUUUCAUGGGCACCACUCGAAGAAAGGACAAGUAGCUAAGUUAGACUUGGAGUGCAUGGUGCCUGUAACCGGGCACGAAAACUGUUGCUUGACCUGUGAUAAAAUGAGGCAUACAGACCUCAGCAAUGACAAAAUAAUUUCCCUGGUUCACUGGGGGAUGUACAGUGGACAUGGCAAGUUGGAAUUUGUAUGA